AGAAUGGAGCUCCAAGAAGUGCUCAUAGCCUCCAGCUCCCCAGAAAAUCCUCAGAAACCACCGGAACCCUCCAGGAAUUUGGAAAUGGAGCAACUUGAUCUAAUCAAUCACUAUCACAAGCACUUUGGAAGCCAUGUGUUCAAUAUUGCAAACAUUUUGAGAAUUGAUCUGAGGAAACCGGGAGCGAAGAGAAAUAUCAAUGUACUUGUGACUGGGAUUUUGUUCAUUUUUGCCGCCUACUCAAUAUGCUUCAACAUCAAAAUUACCUUCUCAACUCGUCACCUUUCUGCAGAACUUGCAGCUCAACUGCUCAUUAUUCUAUGGGCUGUGCAAUCUCUGAUUUCCAUGGUGUUUCUAAUUUAUUGGCAAAUCUAUGGGCAUUUGUCCGAAUUUCGAGUCAAACUUUCACAGUGUCAAAAUCUAAAAGGCCUGGCUUGUGAGGAUGGUCAGAAAUACAUUGAAGUCACCACCAGAGCCUUCUUCUCCGCGAUUUUUCUCACAUGCUCAGUUACGGCGGCACUGGCAACUAAAUACCAGUUGGAGGAGAAGCACACAGUGUUUCAGGAAAAGCAGUCAUAUAUCUUCUUCUACCCGGCACUUCGUCCAUUUUAUACCCUCAUCACCACAUAUCUCUAUAUUGUUUUCAACAUGACCCUGUUCAUUUUGAUUCACUAUACAAAUGCAACUAUGCUGGAAAUGCGAUAUUUCAAUCGAGAAAUCUCGAAUUUCAAUGGUUCGGGAGAUGGAGCAUCUGCAAAGCUCAUCGAGCACUUGGAGAUCUACAGUAAUUUGUGCACAGUUAUACGGCAUUUGGACCUGAUUUUUCGGCUCUACACAUUCAUCAUGAUAGUCAUCACGAUUCCAUCAAUGAUCUUCACACUUAUGAUGAUGAAUCAUCGAAUUCAUUCAUUCUAUGACUUGAUUCUAUGCAUGCCAACUAUCGGAUUAUGUGCAUUCAGCUUCUUCGCAGUCACUAUUGCUCCAGCGAGGUUGCAUGAUGAGAUAUGUCGAUCUAAAGGAUACCUGUGUCAAAACCGUUCAAUUUGGUUCCCAUACCGUAAGGAAGUAUAUUUAAUUGCAAAUACGCUAUCAUCUCACAUGGAACAAUUCGAUCUCGGGGUCUCGGUUUGGGGAUUCGCUUUGCUGUCAAGGCCGCUGAUUUUGGGAACACUCUCCGCGACUGCCAUGAUGUUGUCACUAUUGACCGAACUUGCGCCGAAAGCCGAAUUAUUGAAUGAAGUUUGACAAAUUGUUCAUUUUUAUUCAAUCUUUUAUUUUCUUUUUCUUUUUUUUUCUUCAAGAAAAAUCUACACCGGCCAAUA